CAAUCUGCUUCCGGGUCAGAAGAAGCCGGACGACGACAUGGGGAAGAUGGCGGCGGCCGUGGGCUCUGUAGCGACGCUUGCGGCGGAGCCAGGGGAGGACGCUUUUCGGAAGCUUUUCCGCUUCUACCGGCAGAGCCGCCCCGGGACAGCAGACCUGGGAGCAGUCAUUGACUUCUCGGCGGCCCACACAGCCCGGGGCACGGGGCCUGGUGCCCGCAAGGUGGUCAAAUCUCAGCUGAGUGUGUCUUCUGUCAGUGACCAGGAUGCACAUAGAGCAGGACUUCAGCCAGUCAGCAAGUGGCAAGCCUAUGGACUCCAAGGCUAUCCUGGAUUUAUUUUCAUCCCAAACCCCUUCCUCCCAGGUUACCAGUGGCACUGGGUGAAGCAGUGCCUUAAAUUAUAUUCCCAGAAACCUAAUGUAUGUAAUCUGGACAAGCAUAUGAGCCAAGAAGAGACCCAGGACUUGUGGGAACAGAGCAAAGAGCUCCUCAGGUAUAAAGAAGUGAAUAAACGGAGACCCAGAAGUUUACUAGAGAAGUUGCGCUGGGUGACCCUAGGCUACCAUUAUAACUGGGAUAGUAAGAAAUACUCAGCCGAUCAUUAUACACCUUUCCCUUCUGACCUGGCUUUCCUCUCAGAGCAAGUAGCUGCAGCCUGUGGAUUUCAGGGUUUCCGAGCUGAAGCAGGUAUCCUGAAUUACUACCGAUUGGACUCUACACUGGGAAUCCACGUAGACAGAUCUGAACUAGAUCACUCCAAACCCCUGCUGUCUUUCAGCUUUGGACAGUCUGCCAUCUUCCUCCUGGGCGGCCUCAAAAGAGACGAAGCUCCCACAGCCAUGUUUAUGCACAGUGGUGACAUCAUGGUAAUGUCAGGUUUCAGUCGCCUGUUGAACCAUGCAGUCCCAAGAGUCCUUCCAAGUCCUCAGGGGGAAAGCCUGCCAUGCUGCCUGGAGACGCCUCUGCCGGCCGUUCUCCCCAGAGACUCCGUGGUACAACCCUGCUCUGAGGAGGACUGGCAAGUGUGCACCCGCUACUUGAAAACUGCUCGUGUUAACAUGACUGUCCGACAGGUACUGGCCGCAGACCAGGACUUCCCUUCAGAACCCGUGGAGGAGAAUCAAAGAGACCUCACCCUGGAAGGAUUCUGCCACCUGGACGAUGACAGUAGCCAAGUAAAACGAAUGAAGCUCGACCCUGACAGCUGAGACUUGGAGAGCUGGUUCCUUUACUCAGGCAGGUCUUACGGUGAACGACCACGCUUUCUUAUAUUGCCAUAGACUUUAGCACCAAGACAAGCCAAAAACAGACAGGGAGCAACUCAUCACUGAUCACAGUGUUGCCUUGGAACGCAUCCUGAAGAGUAAAGCAGUUGGCCACUUUGCUCAGAGACAUGUUUGACAUGGUCCAGUCCGGUUUGAUGUUGCCACUAAUGUAUGGGAUAAGUCCAAGGAGUUCUGACCUUCCAGAACAGUCUUCCCAACCUCUGCUCUUACCUGUGAGGGAAAUAGAAGUGAGUUUCCAUGUUAUUGGAGCCUUAAAUACCUCAGAUUUUAUAAGUGGGAAACUUGACACCCCUCCAACUACCCCAUCUAGUGAUUUGUGGUAAAAUCGUGGUUCCAAGAACCAGCCAUUAAUCUCACCCUCAUUCUUCCAGCCAUCAUCAAAGUCUGAUCUUCUGUCUUCUCUGGCCUUCACAGAAGAAUCCUAUAUAUAUUAAGACAACGGAACUAAAAACCUCAUCUCCUAAGAAAGAAAUUAAUCACAGCUAUCUCUCUUGCCUAAAAGAUAAAAUAUAUAUAAGCCCAAGGAAAGAGGGGCAGUAGUUUCUUCAGAUUUCUUUUAGGUCUAAACUCUUCCUGUUGGCUUUUUAAUGCAAUUUUAAUUGUUGGAUGAAAAAAGCCCCAAGGGUGUUCAGUAACUGUUUUCUCCAUGAAUAAACUUUCUCUAUCUUAAAUUAAAGAUCUGUAUCAAUCUUUGA